GGGGGGGGCGGGAAAAAAAAAAUUAAACCUCUCCUUUUUUAAAACAAAAAGCCGACGUUGUCGCCGCGGCCAUGGAUUCAAAGGACGUGGCCGAUUCCGCCCCCGACUGCUGGGAACAGGCGGACGACACCGACGUCGAGGCCCAGGUGAACUCGCCCUUCUCCAGCCUGAACGUCAACGCCAAGCCCUUCGUGCCCAACGUCCACGCCGCCGAGUUCGUCCCCUCCUCCUCCUCCUCCUCCUCCCUGCAGGGCGGCUCGUCGGAGGCCUCGCAACCGGCCGGGGAGAGUCCGGAAGGAGAAGAUGCUGCUGAUACUACUAUGGAGGUUUCUGAACCGGCUGCCCCAGUUGAAAAUGGCGAUCUGGAACCUGGAGCCGAGAAGUCGUGGGAACAGAAAGCAGAACUUAGUGAAGCAGAGCCAGGUGGUGGUCCCGCUGGUGAUGGAAGGACAACUUUGGACGCUCAAGUCGAAAUGGAGGAGGAAGAGGAGUUGCCCAAGGCGAAGGUGGCUGUGGUGGAACCGGGUGCUCCAAGGAAGGAGCACGUAAAUGUUGUUUUCAUUGGUCACGUAGAUGCUGGAAAAUCCACUAUUGGUGGACAGAUAAUGUACCUCACGGGCAUGGUUGACAAACGAACGCUGGAGAAAUAUGAAAGGGAAGCCAAGGAAAAAAACAGAGAAACAUGGUACCUUUCCUGGGCUUUAGACACAAACCAGGAGGAAAGAGACAAAGGUAAAACAGUAGAAGUGGGUCGUGCAUAUUUCGAAACCCUGAAGAAGCAUUUCACCAUUUUAGAUGCUCCAGGUCACAAAAGCUUUGUGCCGAAUAUGAUUGGUGGAGCAUCUCAAGCUGAUCUGGCGGUGUUGGUGAUCUCAGCCAGAAAAGGUGAAUUUGAAACUGGCUUUGAGAAAGGCGGUCAAACGAGAGAGCAUGCCAUGUUGGCAAAAACAGCAGGAGUGAAACACCUGAUAGUUCUCAUCAACAAGAUGGAUGAUCCAACAGUAAACUGGAGCCAAGACAGGUAUGAGGAAUGUAAAGAAAAGCUGGUGCCAUUUUUGAAGAAAGUUGGCUUCAAUCCUAAGAAAGAUAUUCACUUUAUGCCUUGCUCUGGACUUACUGGUGCAAACCUAAAAGAACGAGCUGAUCUCUGUCCUUGGUACACUGGGUUACCGUUUAUUCCACAUCUGGACAAUUUGCCACACUUCAACAGAUCUUGUAUUGGACCAGUGCGAAUACCUAUCGUAGAUAAAUAUAAGGAUAUGGGUACUGUAAUUCUGGGCAAGCUGGAAUCUGGAACGAUUACGAAAGGAUACCAGCUAGUUAUGAUGCCAAACAAACACAAUGUUGAAGUCCUGGGUUUGCUAUCUGAUGAUGUGGAGACUGAUGCUGCAGGCCCUGGAGAAAAUCUAAAGAUCCGGCUGAAAGGAAUUGAAGAGGAGGAGAUUCUACCAGGAUUUAUCCUUUGUGAUCACAACAAUCUUUGCCAUUCAGGGCGCACUUUUGAUGCUCAGAUAGUCAUCAUUGAGCAUAAAUCCAUCAUCUGUCCGGGUUACAAUGCAGUGCUGCACAUCCACACCUGUAUUGAAGAAGUCCAGAUAGCAGCCUUAAUCUGUCUGGUGGAUAAGAAGUCCGGAGAGAAAAGCAAGACGCGACCUCGUUUUGUUAAACAGGAUCAGGUUUGCAUCGCUCGUUUAAAGACAGCGGGAACUAUCUGCCUUGAGACCUUCAAAGAUUUUCCUCAAAUGGGCCGCUUCACCUUGAGAGAUGAAGGUAAGACCAUUGCAAUUGGAAAGGUCCUGAAGCUGGUUCCAGAAAAGGACUGAACAUCCACGUCUGAUGCUGUACAAUACUGUGACGAAAAAGGACUCAGCAACAGCCUACUUCACGCCUUUCCUGGUCUUCAUUGUCUUUCUGCCCUUCGAUAUCUUUAUCUUCCCAUAUACUGCAAACUGCUGUAAACAUGUCCACAUUUUACGUCAGCUUUCUCAUAUUGAGAGCUCUGCUAUGCCAUUGUUAAAGCUACCAUUUAAAAUCCUCUUCUGAAAUCUGCUUCCUUAGAAAUGCGGCAGUAGCUACCUAACUGAUGUGGACAGAAUUGCCUGCAAAAAUAAAAUUAAACCAAAAAAAGUUUAUUUUAUUCUGGCAUUAUUCUCUUUUGUGUGCUCUUGCUCACCCUGCUAUCUCAAACUAGAUCAGGUUAUUCAACAGAUCAGAGUGUGAGUGUUCAAGUAUUAGAAAGAUGUCUGUAGAGAUAAUAAAAUUGAUUUGAAACAUUUCUGGCAGUUGAGUUACUUUGGGGAAGAUUUCUUGUGAGAUUAACCUUGUAUCAGCUGCUUUCCUAUUGCAUGAUUAAUCUUUCUAUUUUAAUUGUGUGCUAUCAACCUGCCAUACACCAACACUGCACACCCUUGUGCUUUGUGAAACUUUUCCAAAAAUGCAAUGCUAUUUAUCCUCAACAUUUUGACAUGGGAGACAAAAUGCCAUCGUACCCGCAUUGAAAAAGACGAACGGAAAAUUGUAAAUUUUAAAGAUACUGUUUCCCUUAGUUUUAUGCAACUCCAAAGAAAUCAAAUCUAUACGUUUUAUUAGACUGUGCAAUGGCUGUUACGUGGAUUACUUGAACAGUCUUCGGGAGGAAAGAACAAAUAUAGUAACUACUGCUUGUGCUGUUGUGCUUUUCAGAUUUCAAGAGAGCUAUGAAUUAACUGCCAUGUGUAGAGGUUUGAUCUUUUGAUUUGGAAUAGUUUAACAUGAUAUGGGUGGGACAUAUGUAGCUGAAGGUUUUUUUUCUGUGGAGAGAUAUUUGUAGCUGAAGUUUUGCUUAUGAGCACAUUACCUGAUAGACUUAUUAGCAUGUGGGUGCACAUGUAACAACUUUGUCACUUUGGUUGGAUGAGGGGGGAGAAUUUGACACUUGCUAAAACUUUCAUAUCAUAAACUAUUACUUUUUCAAUGUAUUGUAUUUUAUGGGGAGAGGUUAUUUCUUAGAUGAAUACUUAAGAAAAAUAUUAAUCAACUGAACCAGAACAUGUAGUUCUUGUACAUAUUUGAAAACCUUGUAUUUGUGGUGGAACAGUUAUUUAAUAUGAUGGUAAAUUUGUUACCAUUUAAAGAGUCAUGAUGAGGAAUUUUUAAUUUUUUCUCCUUUCCAAGUUUAUUUUGUUUGCUGAAAGUGAUUUGUGAAAGAAUGACAGGAUUAACCUAAAAUAAAGAACAAACAAUGGUGUGAACAGGCCUGUUCAUAAAUUCUACAAUUAAGUGUCAUUUUGUUGUAAAGCAGCAAAUUGCAUUUAAACCUUGGACAAGUAGAUACCUAAACGCUAAUAAACUUGUAUGGAACAAAUUCAGUUAAGGUGGAACUACUAUUUGUGUGGACUUUUAUGUGCUACUUGUGAAAUCAUUAGCUGUAUUAUAUAUCCCACAAUGGUAAAUUAGUUGAUGUUUAUCAAUUUAAAUGAGUAAAAUGUAGGCAAUGACCAUUUUCCCCCUUAACUUCAUUUUUUUUGCUCAAUAAAUUUCUAGUUCCCGUAAUGCACGGAAAUAAAAACAUUUCAUUUUGAUGAUUUGUUUCCAAAAUAAAAUGUGUUGCUCUUGAAGAAACAAUACUAUUGCAAGAUUUCCCCAUACUUUUUGCUGCUGCAGUAUUUUUUUUCCUCAGUUAAGUUGGUUAAAUAGUGUACAAGAAAGAUGCUAAUUGCUGCUUUAUGAAAUGCCCUUAGUUUUAAUUGAAUUUUUUUUCUUUUCCCAUGGUGAUCCCACUUGAAGUUGUCUGUUUCAUAAUUUGGUAUCAUUGGCACUGCGCAAGCCUGGUGUAAGACAGCACAGCUGUUAAACAUGACCACAGUAUUGUAUAGUAUACAAAUUUAUUGUAUGCAUUCUUAAUCUCAAGCAUAAUAAAAUUUUAUUUCAUUUCCAUUGGCAUAUUGUCUGUAACUGUGGAGAUCCAGCUGAAGAAUAUAUCUUGUUUUUUCAUCAUGCAAAUGUAUUUGGAUGUGGUUCUUUUUAAUAAGCUAGGCGAACUAAUGGCAUGACUUUUCUCAUUAAGCUUGCUGUAUUGUUUAACUUAACUAAAUAUGUAUUUAAGCCAUGCCGAGGAUUUCAUCACUUUCCCAAAUUGUGGAAAAAGAUGUGUAACUCCUCACUGCUAAUUUAUUAAUUCAAGAUUUAUACAGGCAGGUAAUUGAUGAACAACCUUGAUGGUCUAAUUUGGUCUGUUAUCAGCGAAUCAAAAUCUUUAUAUUUUUCCAUCAACUCAGUAUGGCAAGGAGUCCAUUUGAAUGGGUUGUUAUUAAUACCUUUCAAAGUUAACUGGAUUGUUUUGGGCUAAAUAUGUGAAGGUGGUGGUUAAUUAAAUGUAUGUAAGUCUAAAGUUAACACAAAUCUUCUAUACUGUAGUAGUUUUAUAUCUAUUGAAAUGACUAUACGAAAGGUAGUGACUGAUCUGUAACAGUGAAUGGAGUGCACAGGUGAGCAGUUGAUGGAUGACCAACUAAUUAAGUGCAUAGUACAGCUUUCUAAAAUGCAGGGGAUUUCAUAUCUGUAAAGCUCUAGAAACUGAGUAUUGUAUAAAUCAGUGAAUUUCUGUUCAACUGAAAACUUCAGCUGUAAAUUUCUGUUGAGUGAAUUGCAUUUUUGUACAAUUGUAACUUGUUUAUGGCCCCAAUUACACCAUUUUGUACGAUUCUUUUCAUCAAUUUUAUCAAUCUUCAGGAAGCUAAAGUGGCCUAUCCAGGACAAAUUUCUAUUGCAUUUAAAUGACAGAAAAGCAUAUCUCUCCGAGGAUUAGUCCUAAUGCAAACGGAUUACUAACAAGAAUUGACUGCCUGGAAAGAUCAGAUUUAUAUUGUACUAACUGCAUGGUGGUAUAUUGGCAUAUUUAACCACCCGAAAUAAAUGUGUUGAACUGAACAUGGUGACCACGGUGGAAAUCCUGUGUUGUGAAAUUGUACUUGGAAUAGUGAUUACAUUGUAAUAAAAGUUUUGUUCGAGGUAAUUUUAUGUAAAUUACUUAUGUAACCAGGUUAAGGCCAGUAAUCCAACCAAAAUGUGUGGGCAUGUCUGGCUCCAUCUACACCAGUCAUAGUACAGCUGCUCUUGCAACCAUUAGAAUUCCCUACUCACUAUACCAUAUCUAUUAUCAGCAUGUAAAAUAGACCUUAAUACUUGCUUGAGUUCAAAGUCAUUUGAUUAAACAGAACUUGCAGUAAUUAGUCAUUGCAUCACAAAAAUUGUGCCUUGUUCCAAAGGAUGAGUCCUCGACAAGUUAAAUGUUGGAGAAAAUGGGGUUAACCUGGUGUGAAUCACUGUUUAAAAUGUUUGAUUACUUAAUAAGUUGCUGUUUUUCAGUUCAUUUUAAAUUAAAAAUGCAUCCUGUA